ACACUUCAUCAAAAAUUCAAUUGUAAACAUUGCCAGUUUGCUGUUUUUUAGCAAUUUCUUCCAUAAUUUUUAGUUAUUAGUAAUGCGAAUUUUGUGAUAAAUGAUACAAAGACAUUCAAAUCCGUGAGCCAGAGAAGAAACUGUCCAAAAAUUCAGAAAGUAGGUAGAAUGACAAAUUGAAGCCAAUUCAGCAGUGUAAAUGAUGUUAAUUGAUUGAACGAACGAGAGGGGAUCGUUGCAACAUGGAAAUCAAGAGACUUGAGGAUGGGUGCAUCGUGUUCUCGUCUCCGUCAAAUGUCUCACCAAAAUUAUCGCCUUCCAAUUACGCAAAAGGAUAUUGCAUACGGAUCCAUAAAUGUGUGACAAAUACGCCGUUUUUCAAUUUCUUUAUUCCCUUUAUUCUGAUCAUUUGUUGCAUGAUUGCCUUACUUACCUUCAAGGAAUAUGCCAAGGCGACUCUCUUCUGGAUCGAAAGACAAAAUUCCAUUGUGAUUUUCGUAGUUCUCGUAGCGCUCUUUACUGUAGUUAGUUUUCCCAUUGUCGUCGGAUACCUUUUGCUCAUCAUUUCCAGCGGCUAUUUGCUGGGCAUGACAACGGGACUUCUUGCGGUUGUGCUCGGAGCCAACCUUGGAGUCUUCAUUGCGCAUAAUGUGAUUAAAGCAUUCCACGGAAUCUAUCCCGUACACAGAUUUAUUAAGAACGAGACUGGUCGCGCGAUUUUGCGAGUGAUUUCAGGCACGAGACAAUUCAAAAUUGUGCUUUUUUGUCGAUUGACCCCGAUUCCGUUUGGCCUACAGAACACCAUUUUCGGCAUAAGUUCCGUGAAAAGUCGCAAUUAUCACACAGCAACGUUGCUGGGACUCUUGCCGGCACAAAUAAUCAACGUCUACUUCGGGACGAAACUCAAGUACAUUCAUGACGUGUUCAAUGAUCAUCACACGCAACUCGCGUCAUACGGCGUUUUCGUCAUGGAAGUGUUAAUUGGUGUCGGGUUGAUGUUGUGGAUUGUACACAAAGCGCGACACGAGUUGUCGAAUGCACUGAUAAGCAACAAAGAAGUCGAUGAAAGUUUACUGAUAGAGGUUUCGACGUCCUAGCAUUCGGAGAUCGGUGUUGGUGAUGGCAAAAAUUUACAAGACGAUGACGAUGAUGAAGUUGUCUUUAAUCUCCUUGCGGAACAACAAAAAAUCCCGCCAACACUCGAAUGUGAUCCGAUUGUGAGUCUGUAAGUGAAAAAAAAAAUCAUGUAAAUACUUUGAAAGCAAUUGUAUAUUUACGAAAAGAGCCACAUGUGCUCAAGCUAAACUCAAAAAAUGGAAAUUUUUUUCAUAAAACGAACCAAAAUAUUUAUUUAUUUACAUUACAUCUACUUAAUCUUUGUUCCAGUAAGCAUUUAAAUUUUAUUUUUAAACAUGUGUUCGAAAACAUUUUUAAUUUUAUCUCGAAAGUAUGAGAUAAGAGUCUCGAAUACAUUCUUUUUUUAUUUUAUAAAAUAAAAAAAUGUCGAAACUAUUUUUAGAAAUUUUCGUUUAUCAAUUUGCCAUUUUUGUGGUGCCUAAGUUUUUUUGUCUUUUAGUCUUCCUUGAAUAAUUUUAAAAAAAAUAUAAUUUAAAAGGAAUGUCAAUUUCCAAGUCAAUUAAAAUAAAUAAUUUUAUCAAAUAAAAUAUUCCUCGGGCAUUAGCAUGACCAAUAU